AAUGAGAAAAUCAGUCGAGAUGGAUUUAAAAACUAUCAAAGAAGAAUUGAUUGUUUUUGGAUUAAGAACUAAACUUGGUAUACCCAAGAAAAGAUUUAAUCUACAUUCAGAUGGGGAACAAUUGGAAGAUGUUUCUCAAUUGGUAAAAGAUGGAUUCCUUAUUUUUGAUGACUAUAAUGAAUCUAUUAAUGGCAGUUUAAGACCUACAAAAAAUG